AUGGCUGAGGAACUCGAACUAAACGAUCCUCGGAUCUAUUUCGUCGCUGAUUAUGUCCUUAAAAUUCUCAAACUGAAAUCAGAUAAAUUCGGCAAGAUGUACGGCAUCGAAGAAAACAAACAAAUGAUCCACGACUUCUUCGAUAAACCUGAUAAUCAAAUUCUUGUGAUUCAAUAUACAACAGCCGGUUCACUUCAGCCCGCGUUAACAUUUCCGACCAUUGUCAAAAACAAAUCCUGCUACUUCAUUAAGAAACGUCGUGAACCAGUGCCGAAAGAUGCAAUCCUUCGAGAUGUGAUCAUGUACGGCGAUUUAUCAACAUCGCCCGUCGAACAAUUGUCAGCAAUGAUCGACGAAUUACUUAUUCCUAUUCUACAAAAUCCAUCGAAUAAUGAAGCAUGGCCAAAAGUUCUCUCACAAGAUAUUCUUCGUCAUGCAAUGGGUAUUAAAAACAAAGUACACGUUCUAAAUGGUCAAAUGAAAGGUUUGUUGAAUUUUCAACUUGUUGAUUUCGCGUUCCUCCCAAAGUUUCCACCCGUUGCUAACAACGGAAAACACGAGUCGUCUUUUCAUAUAGGUAAAACACUCCUACCAGUUCCAGCUGGUACUGAACGAGUCACAGAUGAUAUGAGCAAUGACCAACAAGAAAAUGGUCAAGCGUCCACAGUCGAUAGUAAUUUAUUACAUGCUAUUGAAUCGGUUGUGAUUGAAUGGUCACAUCAAGUACAAGAUGUAUUGAAGAAAGAUUCAUCGCAAGCAUUAUUGGAUGGCGGAAGUCCAUUGCCCAGUGCCGAAGUCGAAUUUUGGCGAUCGAGAUAUAAUAAUCUUUUGAGCAUUCAUGAACAAUUAAACGAUCCUCGUGUGAAAAAAAUGGCAGAACUACUGCGAAAGACCAAUUCAAGUUACUAUCCAGCUUUCGAAACAUUAUUGCACGAUGUUCAAGAUUCAUUGGACGAAGCCAAAGAAAUCGAUCUCUAUCUCAAACCAGUUUCACAACAUUUUGACGGACUCGAAACGACAGAUUUUGGUGAAACUGUUCCACUCUAUCCACCAAUGUUUCACGCAAUAUGUCUAAUGUGGGCGAACUGCAAAGCCUAUCGUCGACCAGCACGUAUUAUCGUUCUUUUACAAGAGUUAAACAAUCUCAUCAUGAAACAAGCUUCAGAGUUUAUGGAACCAUUGGAUUUGUUCAAAGGUGAACCUGAUGAAUCGAUGGAAAAAAUCAAUCAAACAGUUCGGGCACUUGAAGCCUAUGAAAAUGCAUACAAGCAGUACAAAGGAAAUUUGAAGAACUACUUCAAAAACGGCGAAGUGGUUAAAGAAUUCGACUUUUCACCAAAAUUAGUCUUUGCCAAAUGGGAUUUGUUCAUGGCACGUGUGCGAAUCAUCCAAGACUUGUUUCAUAUCGCCAGCGAAUUUCUUCGAUUAGAAAAAGUCGAAAUCGGAGGUACAAAAGGCAAAACAUUGACAUCAUUGGUUUUCAAUAUUUUCGAACAAUUCAAAGACGAAUUCGAAACAAUGAGUAACAAAAAAUACGAUCCAUUAGAUCCAUCAUCCGACGAAUUUCUGGUGGACAUCGAACAUUUCAAACAAUUCCUUCGAGAUAUGGAAUUGAAACUAGCUUCAAUUAUUAAUCAAGCAUUCGAUGAUUCGAAUUGUUUGAGUAGUCAAUUCAAACUCAUUGGCAUGUUCGCUCCUAUGUUAGAACGGCCAGUUAUUUACGAAGCAUUCGUACGAAACUACGAUCGAUUGACACUUUCGGUCGAACAAGAAAUCGAUGAAGCACAUCAGGUCUAUGAAAGACAAAUGGCCUACAAACAACAGCAUGGAACUAUCGAAUUACAUCGAAAUCAACCACCUGUCGCUGGGUCAUUAGCAUGGGUCGAUGAAAUGAAAGAUCGUAUCGAAGAGCCAUGCGAAGCUUUUUUGAAAAUUGAUUAUCCAGCAAAAGAUACCUACGAAGGAAAACGUGUUAUUGCUAAACGCGCUGAACUAAUCCAACUAUUAGACAAUUUUGCUAAAAGUAUCUUCAAUGGUUGGUCGAAAACGGUUGGUCAAGCUGCUAAUGCUAAUCUAAAACAGAAUCUGAUCAUUCGAAGCCCGGAAACCAAACUCAUCAAAACCAAUUUCGAUCCACAACUCAUCGGUGUGCUACGUGAAGUGAAAUACAUGGAACAAACGAACGAAGGCGAUAACAAGGCGAAUAUUCCUGAAGAAGCGAAGAAAAUGUAUGAAGAAAAUGAGAAAUUUAUCAAUUAUGUCACUAAUCUCGAUUAUACGGUUUCAUCUUACAAUAAAAUCCGUAUGACCAUUCACGAUGUCGAAAAGCCACUUGUUCAAAAGCAAUUAGACGAAAUCGAUCAAAAUUUAACUAAAGCAGAGACAAGUCUAACAUGGGCAACGCCAGACAUUUGGGACUACAUCAAAGCAACUCGCGCUGAAGUCUAUGACUUGGAAAACCGUUUGCACAAAGCCAAAGCGGAUGUUGAACAAAUUCAACGUUUGAUGUCAACUUGGCAAGAUGUUCCACUAUACAAACGUUCCGAAGGCAAAUCGACCUUGUUGUUUCUUGAUGAUAAAGAACAACGAUUGAAUAACCGUUACAAAGAAAUUGAUGAAACAGGCAAGAAGAUUCAUGCGCUAUUAAAGGAAAACGGCGAAUUAUUCAAAGUCGAAAAUUUCGACACGGAUGCAUGGAGAAACUACGUCGAUUAUGUCGACAAAAUGGUCUUAGAAGGAUUCAGAAAGAUUAUUCAUUGUAAUUUGAUGUUCUUCAUGCGCGAAACUGAUCCUGCACAAAAUCCCGACCCUCUCUUCGAAGCACAAUUACAGCUACAACAACCAAACAUGGUCUUCAAUCCUUCGAUGGACGAAAAUGAUAAAAACACAUUCCUCGAACUAGUCGAAGAUCUCCUCAACACGAUUUACAAGCAAGGUUCAUUGAUUCCACGUCUCGCUAGUCAUACGAAACAAGCCAAUUAUCAAGAUGCACUAGAACAUAUGCACGACUUAUCGGACAUUCGAACAGAAUUCACCGACCGUGUCAAUGCAGUCAUAACCAAAGCUAACGAAUAUCGAGCUAUGUUUAAUAAAUAUGCUUAUUUAUGGGUAGAUGAUCGACAGGAGUUUAUGCGACAAUUUCUGCUCUAUGGUCAUGUAUUAACGCAAGAAGAAAUCGAUGCUGGCGGUGAACAAGGCGUGCCGCAAAAUCCGCCGACCUUACAGCAAUUCAAAGAACAAGUCGAUACGUACGAAGGCAUCUACGAUGAAGUUAGUAAAUUCGACGAUACGAAAAUCUUGGACAAAUGGUUUCGUGUUGAUUCUCGACCAUUCAAACAAGCGUUGCUCAAUAUUGCCAAGAAAUGGUCGUACAUGUUCAAACAACAUCUCAUGGAUGAUGUCACCAAUAGCUUACAAGAAUUAGCUGAUUUCAUCAAAUUACAUGACAAAGGUCUUAGUGUGACAAUCAAAGAAGGAGAUUAUGAUUUACUCGUUUCUCUCAUGGCUCAUCUGGGCGCUGUUCGUGAGAAACAGCCAAAAUUCGACAGCAUGUUCGAACCAAUGAAACAAAAACUUGAAUUCUUGAAAAACUACGGACAGGAAGUUCAUGAUGAUGUGUACGAACGUUUGAAUGUUCUACCAGAAAAAUGGGCGAAUACGAAGAAACUCGCCCUUACCGUUAAACAACAAGUCGCACCGCUACAAACCAACGAAGUGGCUAAUAUUCGUCGAAAAGUUGCCAGCUUCGAUGUUCAACAAUAUGAAUUUCGUGAAAAAUUCCGUAAAGAAGUGCCUUAUGCAUACGAUCAAACACUCGUUUACAAGAAAUUGGAUAAGGCAAAUGCCAAAGUCACCUCUAUGGAACGUGAAAUGCAAGCAUUGAGUAAUUCAGCAGCUUUGUUCGAAGUUACUGUGCCAGACUUCAAACAGAUCAAACAAUGCCGAAAAGAAAUCAAACUACUCAAACAACUGUGGGAUUAUAUUAAUUUAGUUCGAACACAAUUCGAAGAUUGGGAGAAAACCAAAUGGCGUGAAAUUAACGCAGAAACGAUGGAUCAAGAAUGUAAAAAAUUCGCUAAAGAUAUUCGAGGUUUGGAUAAGGAAAUGCGUGCUUGGAAUGCUUAUACCGGUCUUGAUGAUGCUGUGAAGAACAUGAUGACAUCAUUACGCGCUGUAACUGAACUACAAAAUCCAGCAAUUCGUGAACGUCACUGGCAUGAAUUGAUGCAAGCAACCGGUGUAGAAUUUGCAAUGACAGAUUCCACCACGUUUGCUGAUCUUGUUGCUCUACGUCUCCAUCAAUACGAAGAUGAAGUCAAAAACAUCGUCGACAAAGCUGUGAAAGAAAUGGCUAUGGAAAAAGUCUUACGUGAAUUGGAUAACACAUGGAAAUCGAUGGAAUUCACCCAGGAACCACAUACGCGUACAAAACUACCUUUGAUUGUCGUUCAAGAAGAGUUGAUUGAAGUUCUCGAAGAGAAUCAAGUUCAAUUGCAGAACAUGUUAACAUCGAAAUACAUUGCACAUUUUCUCAAAGAAGUCACCGAUUGGCAACGAAGUUUGUCUCAAGCUGAUCAAGUUAUUCACAUACUUUUGGAAGUCCAAAAGACUUGGUCACAUUUAGAAUCGAUUUUUAUUGGCUCGCAAGAUAUUCGUAAUCAAUUACCGGAAGAUUCACGACGAUUCGAUACGAUCGAUAAAGAUUUCCGUGUCAUUGCAGAAGAAAAUGGAAAAGAUCUGAACGUCGUCCGUUGCACGAAUAGAGAAAAAUUGAACGAUCGAUUAGAAGACAUCAAAGCACGAUUAUCCCUGUGCGAAAAAGCAUUAGCUGAUUAUUUGGAAACCAAACGAUUGGCAUUUCCACGAUUUUACUUCGUAUCAGCUGCUGAUCUUCUCGAUAUCUUAUCGAAUGGUAAUGAGCCGGAAAAAGUCAUGCGCCAUCUAACCAAACUGUUCGAUUCGAUGUCGAAACUAAAAUUAACCGAAGAGCGCGGACAUACAACAAAGAUUGCUACAGCUAUGUGGGCAAAAGAUGGCGAAUUCAUGCAAUUUCCAUCGUCAUGUGAUCUUAACGGUCAAGUUGAAGUUUGGCUUAAUCGACUUCUCGAGAAACAAUGUGAAACAGUACGACAUCACUUAACUGAAGCUGUUGGUGCCUAUGAAGAUAAAGCACGUGACCAAUGGAUUAUGGAUUAUCCUGCUCAAGUUGCCUUAACUGGUUCGCAGAUCUGGUGGACUGUGGAAGUGUGUGGUGCUUUCGCCAAAUUAGAAGAAGGUUACGAAAAUGCUCUAAAAGAUUUUUAUCGUAAACAAGUCUCCCAACUGAAUGCAUUGAUUGGACAUCUACUAGGUGAUUUGUCUGCUGGCGAUCGACAAAAGAUUAUGACUAUUUGUACAAUCGAUGUCCACGCUCGUGAUGUGGUCACGAAACUGAUAACUGCCAAAUGCGAAAGUGUCAAUGAUUUUAUGUGGCAAUGUCAAUUGCGACAUCGAUGGGAUGAGAAAGAAAAGGAUUGUUUUGCUAAUAUUUGCGAUGCACAAUUUCGUUAUGCUCAUGAAUAUCUCGGUAAUCAACCACGUCUAGUCAUUACUCCAUUAACAGAUCGUUGUUAUAUUACAUUGACACAAUCAUUGCAUUUAAUUAUGGGUGGUGCACCUGCUGGUCCAGCCGGUACGGGCAAAACGGAAACAACCAAAGAUUUAGGACGUGCAUUAGGUAUUAUGGUCUAUGUAUUCAAUUGUUCCGAACAGAUGGAUUACAAGUCAUGUGGUAAUAUUUAUAAAGGUUUAGCUCAAACAGGUGCGUGGGGUUGUUUCGAUGAAUUCAAUCGAAUUUCCGUUGAAGUACUUUCUGUCAUUGCUGUACAAGUCAAAACUAUUCAAGAUGCUAUUCGAGAGAAGAAACUACGAUUCUCGUUUAUGGGUGAAGAAAUUCGUCUCAAUCGUACUGUCGGUCUAUUUAUUACUAUGAAUCCUGGUUAUGCUGGUCGAACUGAAUUACCUGAAAAUUUGAAAGCCCUCUUUCGCCCAUGCGCUAUGGUCGUACCAGAUUUCGAUCUCAUUUCUGAAAUUAUGAUGGUCGCUGAAGGUUUCACAGAUGCUCGUUUAUUAGCUCGAAAAUUCAUCACUCUCUACUCGUUGUGUAAAGAAUUGCUAUCUAAACAAGACCAUUACGAUUGGGGUCUACGUGCUAUUAAAUCUGUCUUGGUCGUCGCUGGUUCUCUUCGACGAUCGGAUCCCGGCCGACCGGAAGAUCAAGUGUUAAUGCGCGCUUUACGUGAUUUCAACAUUCCGAAGAUCGUCACAGAUGAUAUGCCUGUCUUUAUGGGUCUUAUCGGUGAUCUGUUCCCUGCACUCGAUGUUCCACGUAAACGAAAUCUCGAUUUCGAAAAAUUAAUUAAACAAGCUACUGUUGACUUGAAACUUCAACCAGAAGAUUCGUUCAUUUUGAAAGUUGUUCAAUUACAAGAAUUAUUCGAAGUACGUCACUCGGUAUUCAUCGUUGGUAAUGCUGGUACAGGCAAAUCACAAAUUUGGAAAGUAUUGAAUCGUACAUAUCAUAAUCAGAAGCGCAAACCCGUUGCUAUUGAUCUAAAUCCCAAAGCUGUGACAAACGAUGAACUUUUCGGUAUUAUCAAUCCAGCCACCCGUGAAUGGAAAGAUGGUUUAUUUUCUACAACUAUGCGUGAUCUAGCAAAUGUGCAAUCCGAUGGCCCAAAAUGGAUUGUACUUGAUGGUGAUAUCGAUCCAAUGUGGAUUGAAUCUUUGAAUACUGUUAUGGAUGAUAACAAAGUAUUAACAUUAGCCAGUAAUGAACGUAUUCCAUUGAAUCCAACGAUGCGUCUUCUUUUCGAAAUCAGUCAUUUACGUACAGCUACACCGGCUACUGUCUCACGUGCUGGUAUUCUAUAUAUCAAUCCAGCUGAUCUUGGUUGGAAUCCGCAAGUAGCGACAUGGAUUGAUACGCGUGAAUUAACAUCUGAACGUGCAAAUUUAACAAUUCUGUUCGACAAAUAUGUUCCUAUGUGUCUCGAAGCUGUUAAAGGUCGUUUCAAAAAGAUCACACCUAUUGUUGAAGGUGCACAUAUUCACAUGCUGUGUCGUCUACUCGAAUGUAUGUUAACUCCAACAAAUACACCACCUGACUGUCCAAAGGAAUUGUACGAACUUUACUUCGUCUUUGCUUGUGUGUGGGCAUUUGGUUCGGCGUUGUUUCAAGAUCAAAUCACUGAUCAUCGAUUGGAAUUUUCCAAAUGGUGGGUGACCGAAUUCAAAUCCGUGAAAUUUCCGGUUCAAGGUACCGUCUUCGACUAUUAUAUCGACCCUGAGACGAAGAAAUUCGAACCGUGGACAAAACUCGUACCAAAGUUUGUCUUAGACAGCGAAAUGCCAUUACAAUCUGUUCUGGUACCAACCGCAGAAACAACUCGUAUUCGAUAUUUCAUGGAUUUACUUCUAGUGAAAGGAUGGCCAAUUAUGUUAGUUGGUAAUGCCGGUUGCGGUAAAACUGUACUGAUCAAUGAUAAAUUGGCAUCUCUCAACGAAGACUGGCUCGCUGUAUCUGUUCCAUUUAACUUCUAUACCACCAGUGAAAUGCUUCAAGGAAUUCUAGAAAAACCUUUGGAAAAGAAAGCUGGCCGAAACUAUGGUCCACCCGGUAGCAAAAAGAUCAUCUAUUUCAUUGACGAUAUGAACAUGCCCGAAGUCGAUCAAUACUAUACAUGUCAACCACACACACUUCUUCGUCAACAUUUGGAUUAUAAACAUUGGUAUGAUCGUCAGAAACUAACCUUGAAAGAAAUUCACAAUUGCCAGUACGUAAGCGCAAUGAAUCCAACCGCUGGUUCAUUUACAAUUGAUACACGCUUGCAACGUCACUUCGCUGUAUUUGCUGUGUCAUUUCCUGGCAUGGAAGCUUUGGAGACCAUCUACGUUGGUAUCUUAUCUCAACAUUUAGCCGAAGGCUUUGCGCAGACAGUACAAAAAUAUACCUUAAAUCUUGUUCGUGGUGCAUUGGAACUUCAUCGCCGUAUCACAGCAUCAUUUUUACCAACAGCUAUUAAAUUUCAUUACAUAUUCAAUCUCCGAGAUUUAUCAAACAUAUUUCAAGCCAUUCUCUUUGCGAAACCCGAUGCUAUCAAAACACACAACGAUUUGAUUCGACUCUAUCUUCAUGAAUCUGAACGUGUCUAUUGUGAUAAAUUAGUCGACCGAACGGAUAUUGAUACAUUUACAAAGUUGCAACGCGAUGUCGCGAAGAAAUCAUUCGAAGAAAUCGACGAAGAAUUCGUUUUCAAAAAACCGAACAUCUUCUGUCACUUUGCAUUAGGUGUUGGUGAUCCGAAGUAUAUGCCGAUCGACAAUUGGCCACAUUUACAAAAAUUAUUGAAUGACGCUCUCGAUGCCUACAAUGAACUGAAUGCACAAAUGAACUUAGUGCUGUUCGAAGAUGCUAUGACACAUGUCUGUCGAAUCAAUCGUAUAUUAGAAGCACCACGUGGUAAUGCUCUUCUGAUCGGUGUCGGUGGUAGUGGUAAACAAAGUNAUGACGCUCUCGAUGCCUACAAUGAACUGAAUGCACAAAUGAACUUAGUGCUGUUCGAAGAUGCUAUGACACAUGUCUGUCGAAUCAAUCGUAUAUUAGAAGCACCACGUGGUAAUGCUCUUCUGAUCGGUGUCGGUGGUAGUGGUAAACAAAGUUUAGCUCGAUUAGCAGCAUCGAUUAGUUCAUUGGAAGUGUUUCAAAUUACACUUCGAAAAGGUUAUAGCAUUGCUGAUCUGAAAACCGAUUUAGGAGCAUUGUAUAUCAAAGCUGGGCAGAAAGGCAUUGGAACCGUGUUUCUCAUGACGGAUUCUCAAGUGGCUGAUGAGAAAUUUCUGGUUUUAAUUAACGAUAUGCUUGCAUCAGGUGAAAUUCCAAGUCUAUUCGCUGAUGACGCUAUCGAGGAAAUCAUCGGCGCAAUGAGAAAUGAAGUCAAAUCGCAAGGUAUUGAUGACACUCGCGAAAAUAUUUGGAAAUAUUUCAUCGAAAAAGUUCGACGUAAUCUAAAAGUCGUUUUGUGCUUCUCGCCCGUCGGUACAACUCUUCGAGUCCGAUCACGAAAAUUUCCAGCUAUUACAAAUUGUACUUCCAUCGAUUGGUAUCACGAAUGGCCAGAAGAAGCUUUGAUCUCUGUCGCCAAUCGAUUCGUUGCUGACGUUGACACGCUCAAACCUGAACUGAAAGAUUCCGUUGCCAAAUUUAUGGCUUUUGUACAUAAAACUGUCAAUGAAAUGAGUGUUGCUUAUCUCAUGAACGAUAAACGAUACAAUUACACAACACCGAAAUCGUUUCUUGAGCAAAUUACUCUAUAUAAAAACUUGUUAUCAAAGCAAAAUCGUGAUCUACAAGACAAAAUCAUUCGUUUAGAAAGUGGUCUGGUUAAAUUACAAUCGUGUGCUCGACAAGUCGACGAUCUAAAAGAAAAACUUGCUGCACAGGAAGUCGAAUUAAAACAGAAAAACGACGAUGCUGACAAACUGAUUAAGGUGGUUGCUACCGAAACGGCAAAGGUAACGAAAGAAAAAGAAGCCGCCGGUGUUGAACAAGCUAAAGUCGUCGAGAUCGAGAAAGUUGUCACAGUGAAAGCAGAAGAUUGCGAACGUGAUUUAGCACGUGCUAUGCCUGCUCUACGAGCUGCCGAAGAAGCUUUGAACACACUGGAUAAAAAUAGCUUAACUGAAAUGAAAGCCUUCCCUAAUCCACCAGAAGCUGUACUUAAAGUCGGUGCUGCUGUGCUGUGUUUAAUGCCACCGGGUGGUAAAAUUCCUCGACCGAAUCAACGUGAUUGGAAAGCGUGUAAAGCGAACAUGGGAAACGUCGAUCAAUUUCUUCAAGCAUUGAAAACAUACGAUAAAGAACAUAUUCGUGAUGAUAUGCGUCGUGAAGUCAAAGUUUAUAUUGAUGAUCCAGAUUUCGAUCCUGAGAAGAUUCGAACGAAAUCAUUUGCUGCUGCUGGUCUUUCCGCUUGGGUUAUCAACAUUCUCCUAUUUUAUGAAGUUUAUUGUGAGGUCGAGCCUAAACGCUUAGCCUUGGAAAAAGCCAAUGCAGAAUUAAAAGCUGCUCGAGAUAAAUUAGAUUCAGUCAAUCGACAAGUUGCGCAACUGGAACAAGCUCUGGCGAAAUUAACAGCUGAAUAUGAAGUUGCUAUGGCUGCUAAACAAAAAUGUCAAGAUGAAGCUGAUCGUACAGCAUAUACCAUCAACUUAGCUAAUCGUCUAGUGAACGGUCUUGCAUCGGAAAAUGUCCGUUGGCGUGAAUCUGUUGCUGGUUAUCGAAAAUCGGAAGAAACAACGCCAGGAGAUGUGCUACUGAUUACAGCUUUCGUUUCAUACGUCGGUUGUUUCACUAAAGCCUAUCGAGUUGAUCUCAUGGAACAUCAUUGGAGACCACACUUAUCUGCAUUAAAAACUCCAAUUCCUGUUACUGCUGGUAUUGAUCCAUUGACGUUAGUCGUCGAUGAUGCCAUCGUUGCUGGAUGGAAUAAUGAAGGUUUACCAUCGGAUCGUAUGUCUACUGAAAACGCCACAAUUCUUACUAUUUGCGAACGUUGGCCAUUGAUGAUUGAUCCUCAAUUGCAAGGCAUCAAAUGGAUUAAACAACGUUACGGUGAACGCUUGAAAGUUAUUCGCUUGGGACAAAAAGGUUAUCUCGAUAAGAUUGAACAAGCUAUUGCAAGCGGUGAAACUCUUCUCAUUGAAAACAUCGAUGAAUCCAUCGAAGCUGUACUCGAUCCAUUGCUUGGCCGAAAUACUAUUCGUAAAGGCCGUGCUAUCCGAUUAGGUGAUAAAGAAAUUGAAUAUCAUCCAGAUUUUCGUCUUAUCCUACAAACAAAACUUGCCAAUCCACAUUAUAAACCUGAAAUGCAAGCUCAAACGACACUGAUCAACUUUACGGUCACAAAGGAUGGUUUGGAAGAUCAAUUGUUAGCCGAUGUCGUAGCUAAAGAACGUCCUGAUCUCGAACGAUUGAAAUCGGAUUUGACAAAACAACAAAAUGAAUUCAAGAUCACAUUGAAACGUCUAGAAGAUAACCUUUUAGCUCGUCUAUCAUCGGCUGGUUCGAAUUUUCUUGGCGACACGGAACUUGUCGAGAAUUUGGAAAAUACCAAACGAACAGCGACUGAAAUCGAAGAAAAAGUCGGCGAAGCUAAAAUUACUUCAGUGAAGAUCGACGAAGCUCGUGAAUUAUACCGUCCCGCAGCAGCACGCGCCAGUUUGAUCUACUUUAUCAUGAACGAUCUUUGCCGUAUCCAUCCGAUGUAUCAAUUCUCAUUGAAAGCAUUCAAAGUUGUGUUCGCCAAUGCAAUCGAAAAGGCAGAACCAUCGGAAGAUGUUAAAGCACGUGUACACAAUCUCAUCGAUUCGAUUACAUACUUCACAUUCAUUUAUACAACUCGUGGUCUAUUCGAAAAACACAAACUUAUCUUCACAUCACAAAUGUCAUUCUUGAUUCUGCUCGCAUCGAAAGAAAUCGAUCCGAAAGAAUUAGAUUUUCUUCUUCGUUAUCCAGUCACACCCAAUGUUAUUUCGCCCGUUGACUUUCUCAACGAUAUUUCAUGGGGUGGAAUCAAAUCGUUGUCAUCUAUGAAUGAAUUUACCAAUCUCGAUCGAGAUAUCGAAGGUUCGGCAAAACGAUGGAAGAAAUAUGUGGAAAUGGAAGCGCCAGAAAAAGAAAAACUACCACAAGAAUGGAAAAACAAAACACCUUUACAAAAACUGUGUAUGAUGCGAGCACUUCGACCUGAUCGUAUGCUCUAUGCGCUAAGUUUAUUCGUCGAAGAGAAAUUAGGCAAACAGUUUGUUGAGAAUCGUGCAGUGCCAUUCACUAAAUCAUAUGAAGAAACAAAUACAACAACACCAGUAUUCUUCAUCCUUUCACCAGGUGUCGAUCCAAUCAAAGAUGUCGAAGCACUUGGCAAAAAACUAGGCUUCACAUCCAACCAAAAGACAUUCCAUAACAUUUCACUUGGUCAAGGUCAACAAAUUGUCGCAGAAGAAGCUAUGGAUGUGGCAGCCAAGGAUGGACACUGGGUUGUCUUACAGAACAUUCACUUAGUAUCAAGUUGGCUACCACAGUUAGAAAAGAAACUAGAACAAUGUUGGGAAAUGGGUCAUGAAAACUUUCGUAUAUACAUGUCUGCUGAACCAUCAGCUGAUCCAUCUGGACAUUGUAUCCCCCAAGGUAUUCUCGAGUCUGCUGUGAAAAUUACGAACGAACCACCAACAGGAAUGCAGGCGAAUUUACAUAAAGCCUUGGAUUUGUUCAACCAAGAUACGUUGGAAAUGUGUGCAAAAGAAACCGAAUUCAAAUCGAUUUUAUUUGCACUUUGUUAUUUCCAUGCUGUUGUAGCUGAACGACGUAAAUUCGGUGCUCAAGGUUGGAAUCGAAACUAUCCAUUCAAUAACGGUGAUUUGACAAUUUCUGUCAACGUACUUUACAACUAUUUGGAGGCCAAUUCCAAAGUACCAUGGGAAGAUCUUCGAUAUUUAUUUGGUGAAAUUAUGUAUGGUGGUCACAUUACUGACGACUGGGAUCGUCGUCUGUGUAAAACAUAUCUCGAAGAAUACAUGAAUGCACAAAUGUUCGAUGGCGAACUCCUUCUUGCUCCUGGUUUUCCUAUUCCACCAGCAACUGAUUACAAAGGCUAUCAUGCCUACAUUGAUGAAUAUCUUCCGCCAGAAUCACCCUACUUGUAUGGCUUACAUCCCAAUGCUGAAAUUGAUUUUCUAACGACAACUAGUGAAAACUUAUUCAAAACUGUGCUGGAAAUGCAGCCACGUGACACAGGUGCGGGAGCCGGUGGUGAAGGUUCAGGAAUGACUCGUGAAGAAAAGAUCAAAGCGAAACUGGAUGAAAUCUUAGAUAAAUUACCAGACGAAUUUCCUGUUCGAGAACUUUAUGCUAAAGCUGAAGAUAAAACUCCGUAUACAGUCGUUGCUUUACAAGAAUGUGAACGUAUGAACAUCUUAACACGAGAAAUGAGACGAUCAUUGAAAGAAUUGAACCUUGGUCUCAAAGGUGAACUAACCAUUACUGCUGAUAUGGAACAAUUACAAGAUGCUCUAUUCUUCGAGCAAGUACCAGCAGCAUGGACGAAACGUGCUUAUCCGUCCAUGUACAGUCUUGGUUUGUGGUAUAGCGACUUGUUAUUACGUAUUCGUGAGUUGGAAAUGUGGACAAACGAUUUUCAACUACCAGCAGCUGUCUGGCUUGGCGGUCUGUUCAAUCCUCAAUCAUUUUUAACAGCUAUUAUGCAAACGACUGCACGUAAGAAUGAAUGGCCUCUGGAUAAAAUGUGUCUAUCUGUCGAUGUAACAAAAAAGACGCGAGAAGAAUUAGGUGGUGCACCAAGAGAAGGUGCUUAUGUUCAUGGUCUAUAUAUGGAAGGCGCCCGAUGGGAUACACAAACCGGUCAACUAAGCGAAUCAAGAUUGAAAGAAUUAACACCGAUGAUGCCUGUUGUCUUCGUUAAAGCUAUACCAGUCGAUCGUCGUGAAACGAAGAAUAUUUAUGAAUGUCCAGUCUACAAAACUAAACAACGAGGUCCCACAUUCGUUUGGACAUUUAAUUUACGUACCAAAGAAAAACCAGCUAAAUGGAUCUUAGGUGGUGUUUGUCUUCUAUUAGCUGUGUGA